AAACACUGCACGAGAGGCUUCUGUAAACUUAAAACCUUUGUCUACUUCCACCUUCCGCGUCACUCUCGGAUUACAGUGGCUCGUCAAGGAUAUUUCGGCUUUGGUAACCUUCCUCGAAGCGAAGUUACCGAAUAUCUGGCCUCGGCAGGUAGAGGAAGAGGGAUGGUGAGUCCGGUGACAGUCACUAGUAAGUUAAUUGCAAGAUGAGUUCAGAAGAGCAAAAUGGACCGGUGUCUCCGAGGAUGACAUCACCCAUGCCCACCUCACCAACCAUGACAUCAUUACCUCAAAGGAAAGAGAGUAACUCCUCAGGUGAAGACAAUAAGCAGGACAACUGGGAGUUGGUUGAGGACUUACGGACCUUGACAGGAAAUAUUCAGAAGCCUGAGAAGCAAGAGGGUUUGCUGUUGAAAAAGAGGAAGUGGCCAAUGAAAGGCUGGCAUAAGAGAUAUUUCUUGCUUGAAAGGGGCAUCCUUACAUAUGCCAAGACAGGGACUGAUCUGAAGAAGGGAAGGUUACGAGGUCGCAUUGAUGUUGGUCUCUCUGUCAUGGCCAUGAAGACGAAGUCAAUGUGCAUUGACUUGGACACAGAGGACAGUAUCUAUCACCUCAAGGUGAAGUCUCUGGAUUUGUUUGAACUGUGGGUGAUGCAGCUGCGUCAUCAUCGAACGUUCCGUCAGAACGAGAUCGCCAUGGAGCCACACGAGCGACAGCUGCAAUCUGACCACACCUCCAUCAGAAGAUGCUCCUUUCUCUCCAAGCAGCCUUCAACCCUACUGAGAAAUGGCUGGCGCCAAAACUUACAAGAGAUGGAAAAGUGCUGUAAAGAUCUGACAGAGUGUGAGUCCUCUUUGCUGGAAUUAAAUCUGCUGCUGAAAAAUAUGGAAGUUCUGCACAGAACGUUCUCAGCACCUGCCAUCAACUCACUACAGACUGAAGGCUCCAAAAAAGAGAAACGAGGACACAGAAAAUGGCGAUCCAAGAAUCAUCACAAGGAUUCGAAAAACACAUUACAGAUUGCUGACACUUCAUCUUCUCGUCUCCACGUGUCGCAUCCAAACCUGGUGUAUUCAGAGCCAGUUUCUCCAGAGUUGUGCCUGGACAGCCCAGACUCACCUACAGAAGCAUCUCGAAUGCAGGAGGAGUUUUGUAGGCUUGCUGGCACUGUUCAUUCCACUCUUCGGUCAGCAUACACGUCUCUUUUGGCAGAGAGAGACCAAGUCAGAAAUACAUUGGACAGUAUCAGUGAGACGGAUGUCUUUGAUGGGCCACGCCCACUACUACAGCAGGUGUCCAGUGAAAGUCGAGGGUCAAUCCCAGAAUCCCUUCAAUCCUCAGAGUUCUUUGAUGCUAAAGAGUAUCUGCUGUCUGGCAGCUCAUCUGAGAAUGAGGUGUCGGAUGAUGACUCGUACGUCAGUGAUGUCAGUGACAGCACAUCAGUGGAGUUUUGCAGGAAUGAGACUGGCAGCGUGCGUGAGAAAUUAGGCAAUGGCAAAGAGAGUGUUGCGAUACGGCGAGAGCGGUUGCCAAGUUCACGUGUGACCGAGAGUGUGAAUCUGUGGAGUAUUCUGCGCAGUAACAUCGGUAAAGACCUAUCCAAAGUGGCCAUGCCUGUCCAACUCAACGAGCCAAUCAACACCCUGCAGAGAAUGUGUGAGGAAAUUGAAUACUGCCACCUUCUGGACACUGCUGCAAACACACAUGACCCACACAUGCGCAUGGUGUAUAUAGCAGCAUUUGCUGUGUCUGCAUAUGCAUGUUCAUUCACUAGAGCAGGAGGAAAACCCUUUAAUCCUAUACUAGGAGAGACGUAUGAGUGUGUCCGACCAGAUAAAGGCUUCCGCUUCAUUUCUGAACAGGUAAGUCACCACCCACCUGUGUCUGCUUGUCACUGCGAGUCCAAGAACUUCACAGUUUGGCAAGAUGUCCGAUGGAAGAACAAGUUUUGGGGGAAAUCUAUGGAGAUCGUUCCCAUGGGAAUCACUCAUUUAGAGUUGCCAGGUUUUGGGGAUCAUUAUGAGUGGAGUAAGGUCACUUCCUGCAUUCAUAACAUUCUGAGUGGUCAGCGCUGGAUAGAGCACUAUGGGGAAAUGUCAGUCAAGCACACCACUACCAUGGGAGAUAUCAGUCAUUGCAAAGUUACUUUCUUUAAGGCGAGAUCUGGAGGUUUGAAUGCUAAUGAGGUGGAGGGUGUGGUCACUGACUCAGAGGGGCGUGUCAUUCACUCACUGUUUGGCAAAUGGAAUGAGGCCUUGUUUUUGGGCAAACAACCCUCAGCUACCUGCAUCUGGAGAGCAAAUCCCAUGCCUGAGGACUAUGAGGAGUACUAUGGGUUCACCCAGUUUGCAAUUGAGUUGAAUGAAUUGGAGGAGAGUCUUAGUCCCCUCUUACCCCCAACAGACACCCGCUUUAGACCAGACCAAAGAUUACUGGAAGAGGGUGAUGUUGCUGGAGCAGAAGAACAGAAAGAAAGGAUUGAAGUGCUCCAAAGAGAGAGAAGAAAAGUGCUACAAGAAAACAACAUAACACACUCGCCCCGAUUCUUCAAGCGUUCUGAAGAUGACUCCUGGAAGAGCAAUGGCACAUACUGGGAACUCAGGAAGGACCCUGGAUUCAGCAAAUUGGAUUUUCCUGUGCUUUGGUGACCACCAAUGGAAAUGUUUCUUUGGUGUUUUUUAGUUUCUGUGCUGGCUGUAUGGAAUACUACCAUUUUGUUAUGCAAAACAAAACCCUUAAUCCUUAUUCUCAGUAUGGACUUUUAAUGCCUGAUGAUGCCAUGUUCCUUUUGAUAAACAUUUUUGCCUUACUUGGCAAACUGCCUUGCUGUUGUCUGGAUUUAAAUGCACUGACAAAUUAUUCUUGCAAGUGCCUGGCUAUAUUUAGUUUAUUUAUAUUCAAUAUAAUUAGUUCAUUUAUAAGUGAAGUAAGAAAAAUCAUAUUAAUAAAUUAAAUCGAUUAUUUAAUAUUAAGACUGGAAUGCAGAGGUGCAAACUUCAAGAACAAACACUUAUAACACUGAUAGCUACAGAGGGUUUAUCUCAUGAAAACGAAUGAGUCCUAUUUCACCCCAAAAUAAAAAGAAGUAAUUUGCUUAAAGAAAAUUAAGAUCAUUUUUAGGACCAUUAGGAUCCCCCCUCAUUCACUUAAUCUAAUGCAAAAAUUAUUUUUUAUAUUGCCUUUCAUUUUUGCUGAUUUAAAUAAAUAAAAAAUCUUUAUACAAAAUAAAUUUUGCAUCAUGAUUUUUAAGAUGCUCGAUUAUUUUGAUCCAAAAAAUCUUAAUGGCACUGCAAAUAGGCUUAAUUUUCUUUAAAAUAUUAUAAAAUAUAAUUUAUUAUUUUCCUUUGAUUUUGGGGCGAACUUUGACUUAGACUGAAUGUUUUUGUGAGAUUCACCCCAAAAGAGCUUUUACUCUAUGAAAUGUUUGAAAGCCACAUUAAGAAAUACUAAGUGUCUCAAACAAUCCACUCAGGUAUUAUCAGAGAGUCAUUUAGAGAUAAAGCUUAGUCUGUACAUUUUCAUGCACAUUCUGCACUAAUGAUUAUGUCAUCUUUAGUGAAAGGGAAAUAGAAAAAUAUAGCAUUAUAUAAAAGAUAUGUUAAAAAGAAAAUAUUGUUUAAAUUAAUUUUGAUUGUUCAUGACUAUUCAUUUUGUGUUGUGUACAUACCUGGGCUUCUUUUUUGUUUUUAUGAAACUGAGAGAGCAAUAGUCUAUGUGUGCUCAUGAGGUAUGCCUGUUACUCUUGAUAACUGUUGUCCUGUUUCUGUGAGGUGUGGAUGUGGUGUUUUAGAUGUGAUAAACUAUUUUUUUUUUUUAGACUAUGACAUUUACAAGGAUCUAAACAGAUCUGGGACUGUUGCUUUCAGAGGGAAUGGAUUGCAUCAGCGCUUGACGACUGACCACAUGUUUGGUUUGGGCAAUAAAAAUGUAAUAGUAGUGCAAAUCCAAGAAACUUUCCCUGUUUUCAUUAGAGGGAUGCUUGUGGAUAUUCUCCUAUUGCUUAACUCUGAUGUCAGUUGUGAUGUUUCUUCUUAACAGUGCUUAUUAUUUAGCUACAAUCUUUAAUCAAAUAGGAAGUUAUUUUAUUUAAAGUAUAAUCUGUAUAAUUUAACUAGGCAUCAUAAUUAACUUUCUGGAUAUUACUGGCAGGGCACCCCUUUACAGGUGCUUUGAUUUAUGUAUGGCUAGUGGGGUUGUGUAACAAUAGGAAGAUCCCCUUUCCAUAGUGGGUCAUUUCAUAAACAUCAUUCAUACACUGAACGUCACCGGUGCUUUCCUAAAAAGUCAUUGCUUUACUAUGUGAAUGUGCUCUCCAAUCUAAACUAUGAAACUGGAACAGAAGGCAACUUCUCCAUUACAAAUGGCUGAAUGUGAAAGAGACAGACCUCAAGCUUUCUUUGUUAGCAUAAGAAAAGUAAAAAACAUGAUUUUUUUUUCUUUCUGUUUGAAAUGUUGACACACAAAUGCUUUACUUGCUGGUAGUGAUGUUGUGGAGAAAUUUGUACAAGUGUGUAAUAUGUUGUAGAUAAAUGUAAAUAGAGAAGUGAAUGUGUGUUCAGAUUAUGUAAUUGGGGAAAAUGUGGGGUCGACAUGUGGGGUUGGUGGAAAACAUGAGAUUAAAGCAGCCUGACCACAGCUUCCUUUAUCAGACUUAAAGAGUGUUAAUUCCUGUUAAAGAAAAGUCCUAAAUCUAUUUGCCACAAUUCUCUCUGUUUUAGUCGGAGGUCGCGCUGCCGAUACUUCCAGGUGUUAAAAGCUUGUCCAUCCUUGCUUAUCAUUUGUGGAUACAUGUCCCAUUAGUUCUUCUGCUAACUUUACAACUUCAUCCUAACAAAGUUCCAAAGCAAGACACUCUAAUGUACUUUAGAUCUGAUGUUCAUUUCACUAACAAAAUUCUUACACUUGCAAUACUUGCUGCUACAAAUGAUUUACAUUUUUCUGUAUAUGGCUAUGUAGUAGUUUUUUCCAACAUAAGUUAAACAUUACCUGGUAAUUUUCAUGAAUGUGAUUUGUGUCCUUUUUUUUUUGUGGUAAGAGAGUGUAUAACAAAUACUCUCAGAGCAUCUUCACUCAUCUGGCAGAAUUGUGCCUCUGUGUUCAUUUUUGUCAUUUCAAGCUGUAAAUGUCGAUAAUUGCCAUUUUAAAUUUAAAUUCCUCCUGUAUAACAUAAUCAUUACCAUUAUUUCA